CACAGAAAAUUUGAAUUCUGUUAAUUCACUUAUCUUUGGUCUGUCUGGCUUUCCGUAGUAGCGUGGGGGCGAGUAACCAGGAAGUGGAGGUAGAAUCAAACGGUGAAAACCCGGAUGACAUCGGUCCAUGGCUCUGCCGGCCUUCUCCACAUAUAGGUCUCAUCGGUAUCGGAACCUUGGCAUACAGCUGGCCUGGAAGAGGGAGCAACAAUGCCGGAAGCGGGAGCAGUGCGCCCUCGAUGCUAAGUACUUCAGGGACCUGAGUGUCAUCAACAAUUUCCACUCCGAGUGGACCUCCCGGCACAACUUCGAGCACAGCAUGGCAGCAUAUUCUAAACAGAAGAUGGAGGAAGACAAAAUAAACAAUCUGGAACAGCGCAGGAUGCGACUCAAGCACAUGCUUGAAGAGGAGCAAAAACAAAUGGACGCAGAGCUGGAUCUCGUGGUACCUCACAGAUGUGCAAUGAUGAGAAGAAAAGCAGACGCUACACACUCGAUGAAAGAAGAGAGGAAAAAAAAGCUAGCACAGGACCUUCUGAAGGAGCACCGUAAGAGAAGCAACCCUGAAUUGCAACAGGUUGAGAUGGCCUCAGAGCAACAUCAGAUUGUCAAGCCGUUGCAAAGGCCAUUGACUGAAAUGAAACAGCAAGACGUGAAGGCGCAGGAGAUGUGUAGCUUUCCAAAAGAAUGUGAGAGAACCCAAAGAAAAGAAAUCGAGGAGAUCGAACAGGCAGAGGAAAUCAGGAAACUUGAGAGUGAGAGGUCACGGGAGAUUCACAAAAAAAUGGAACAACUGAAGUUGAUGGAAGAAGAGGCAACUCAUCUUAAGAAGGAAGAAGAAACUUUACAGGUCAAGCUAUGGCAGUUGGAAAUUAUGGAAGUUGAGAGGAGAACAAAUGAGGAAAGGCGCAAGAAAGCGGAAAUGCGCAAUUUCCUGAUCCGACAAUAUAGAGCCCAGCUUAGGAGGCGAGCGCAGCAGGUGCAGGAAGAGCUGGAGUCUGAUCAUAAGAUCCUGGCAGUUUUGCUGAAGGGAGAGCAAGAGCAGGUUAGAAGGUCGGGGGCACGAAGAGAAAGGGUCUUUGCUGAUGCUUCCUGGAUGAAUCGUAUGAUUGAAGAGCAGCUUGAGCUGGAGAGAGAGCGGGAGGCCGAGUUUGACCUCCUCCAUAGAGAGAAAGCUCAACGUGUGUGGGAGCAACGAGAAGAAAUAUGGGAACGGGAGAGAAAAGCCAGAAAACUACUCAUGCAUGAGGUGCUUGUGGGAGGACGGCAGUAUUUGGAGCUGAAAAAGCAAGAAAAUCGUGAGGCUCAAUUAGAGUCCCUGAGGAAACGAGAAGAACUGAUCCAGGAGUUGGAGCUGAACACCAGCAGAGGGAAGAACAGCGGUGCCAAAGAAAAGCAAACGUGCAAGAGAACGGAGGAGCAGCAGCUACAAGAGCAGUGGAAGGAGCAGUGCAGAAUAGAGGACCUGCAGGAGGAGGAGGAUGCUCACCUCAUCCAGGAGGAGGCGCUAAAGCAGAGGAUAAUUAAUAACGCAUACCAGCCAAAGGUAAACAGUAAGCCUCGAGUAGCGUGGACAUGAGCAACAUCAAAACAAUUGUUUUUUCAUUUAAAUUCAUCAGUUAUUGCCUUAUGAAAAGGUUUGUGUGCAGCCUUUGAUGUAAACGUGUUCAAGAAAAAAACAUUUUGUACUUUCAAAUUGUAGAACUAAUUUUUAACAAAUACAUUGUUAGCAUUGUAUAUGGAAUAAACACUUUCUAAUGUUCAUUUUAAAUAAAUAAAAUUUAUUUAGAAAAUUA